GAACAGCUGGCCGUCUGUUGGAUUACACGAUCCUAAUCCUUGUCGGGCCGGAGCGGAUUGGGCAGUUUCCCCGCGCUCACCCUUUUGGUCUGAGGGGGCUUUUUUCUUUAUUCUACGUCUAUAAAGUUGGUGUACCGGACAUCUUGGCGGGCUUUUCUUGCUUCGCAACUGUGAUACCGAGAGAGCGGAAUCACAUCACACACAGUCUAACAGGAUGUGUAACGAGGAGCAGACCCGCCAGGGCAUCGCCAUUGACCCGGAGGUCGUGGGCGCAGACGACAAUGACAACGAUUCCGCAGCUGAUGUGGAGAGCACCCGCUCAUCUACGGCGUCUGUCUCAUCAAGUAUCUACGAGUAUCGGAAGAUCCAAGGCCGGACGUAUCAGAACUCCCAUACGACCGAUUACUGGGCACCCAAUGACGAGAAACAUAUCGAAGCUUUUGAUGUGGCACAUGAAUGGCUGACCAUGAUGCUCGACGACGAGCUAUAUGCCGCUCCAAUUGGAGACAGCCCUCAGGCAAGACGCAUCUUCGACGUCGGAACCGGUACCGGCAUCUGGGCCAUCGAUAUGGCUGAUAAAUUCCCCUCAGCCGAGGUCAUUGGCGUCGACAUCUCGCCAACCCAGCCUUCCUGGGUCCCCCCAAACCUCAAGUUUCAGAUCGACGAUGCGCAGCUGGACUGGACCUUUGCGCCUGCCUCUUUUGAUUUCAUUCACGUGCGCUACAUGCACGGCGCUUUUGACAAUUGGCAGAAGCUGUACCACCAAAUGUUUAAGGCUCUGAAGCCUGGCGGCUGGUUCCAGCACAUUGAGCCCAACAUCCACCUCAAGUGUGAGAACCCCAACUCAGUAGCUGAAAAUGAAACAUUCAAGCAAUGGGCCCAGCUGUUUUACGAUGCUGGAGACAAAAUCGGGCGCACUUUCAAGGUCACCGACGGGAUCAUGCAAGACUCUGCCCGCGAAGCAGGCUUUGAGGACAUCGUGCACAAGAUGCACACGAUCCCGCUUGGUGGAUGGCCAAAGGACGCGAGACUCAAGAGGGAGGGCCAAUUUGUUGGUCUGUACAUGGAUCUGAGCUUGGAUGGCUUUGCGCUGUAUCCCAUCGGCCAGAUUCUCGGCUGGAGCCUCGAGGAGGUCCAAGUUCUCGUGGCCAAGAUGCGUGCCAUUCUGCGAAACCCAAAGCACCUGGGUAGCGGUGAUAUGCACCUGGUCUACGGACGAAAGCCGCUUAAGGCACCGGCACCAGAGAAGUCGCCUUCUCCUGAGGCUGAAACGGCAUAGAUAGUCCUAGACUAGAACUCACUUACAAGAACACACACACAUCCAAUGAGACACAUCAGAGAAUCAGGGCUCGUGACAAUUGAAUUUCCUAAAGUCACUAGCCAGGGGGUAGCCUUGACUUUUGCAGGGUAGACUUGAUUCGUAGCUGCUAAUUUUAAUUAAUAUAAUCUCGACCGGGGUCGUGUCUGAUUAGCCGUAUUGCUUUGGGCUAUUAUGAUUGGCUGAGGAAAUGUAAUUCC